AUGGUGAUGGAAACAUUUUUCAGCUUAUUUACUAAGGGCUUCAAAUAUGUUCCCAAACAUACUAGCAAUAUAGCUAGGGUUAUUAUGGAUCUAAAAAUUUUUAUAAGAAAUCUCAAUCUGGAGAAUUUAUAUGGAACGGAUUCCAACAUUAGGGAUAGAUCUAUACCCAGCAGGUCCAGUACUUUUAAUCCUCCCAUACAUCCCCAGUUGAGAAAUCUGGAACUAAGAAUAGAAAAGCGAAUCAGGGAGACAACAAGAUACAAGAGAUUUACACCGAACCUUGAUCCAUUUGAACAUGACUUACUUAUCCAACUUAGUAAAAAUUCUAAUGUUCGAGUCAUGGAACCAAAUAAACGGGGAGGCAUAGUCCUUAUGGAUAAGAUCGUGUACGAGGGUAAAAUGAACUCCAUUUUGUAUGACGAAACCCGCUAUAGCCAUGGUUACCCAGAAUCUAUGGUUAACUCUAGUGAAUCUGAAAUUUGGGCAGAAAGGCAAGGGAAGUAUGGGCUGAUCAAAUCCAAUGGUACAUUUAAUCGGAACAUGAUUGUUCAAUAUUUUUUGGAUGCGGAAGACAUUGAGAGCAUUAUCCAUAAGAACUGGUUGGUGUUUGAAUGCGAUGAUACCACCAAAUUGUUGGGUGUACAAAAAACAUCUUUCUUCUAUAAAAUGAAGAACAAUAUUAAGAACCUUUUGGAAGGAUCCUCCUUGAAUCCUGUCCCAUCUUUCCACAUCACUCAGACAUGUGCAAACCGAACCCAAGAGUCUAGGAUGAGUGAAGAUCGACGACACAGAUGGAACGUUAUGGUACCCAAGUCUGUCUGUAGUGAGAGUUGCCCAAUGGGGCACAGAAAAGCUGCUCGUAGAGGAGAACCAGUAUGCUGCUACGACUGUGUACCCUGUUCUAAAGGAGAGAUCUCCAAUCAAACUGAUGCCAGUGAGUGCCACAUGUGCCCUGAAAUGCAUUGGUCUGAUGAGAAACAUGAGAAGUGCAUUCCCAAAACUAUUGAAUUCCUGUCUUAUGAAGAAACACUUGGUGCUGUACCGUGUACCAUUUCUUUACUUAUUUGCCUGCUCUCUGCUUUUGUACUCUGUGUUUUUAUUAGGUAUCGUGAUACCCCUAUUGUGAAAGCAAACAAUCGUGACCUCAGUUACCUUAUACUUGUGUCUCUCAUACUUUGUUCACUUUGUUCUUUGAUAUUUAUUGGUCAUCCAGAGAGAAUAACCUGUGUGUUAAGACAGACAACUUUUGGGUUCAUCUUUUCUUUUAGUGUUUCUUGCAUUAUGUCUAAAACCAUAACUGUUGUCCUUGCUUUUAAUGCUACAAAACCUAACAGCAGGUUACGUAACUGGGUUGGACCAAGAAUCUCUACUUCUGUAGUAAUCUGUGGCUCCUUUAUUCAGCUUCUCAUAUGCAUAUCUUGGCUUGUGAUCUCUCCUCCUUUCUCAAAACAAAAUUCAGAAGAUGAAGGUGGAAAGAUAAUUAUUGAAUGUGAUGAUGGCUCACACACUGCAUUCUGGUUUAUGCUUGGGUACAUGGGGGUGCUCUCUAUAGUGAGCUUUCUGGUAGCUUUUUUGGCAAAAUCUUUACCAGACAAUUUCAAUGAGGCCAAGUUUAUUGCUUUCAGUAUGCUAGUAUUUGUCAGUGUAUGGCUUUCCUUUAUCCCAGCAUACCUGAGUACUAAAGGAAAGUACAUGGUGGCUGUGGAAAUAUUUGCUAUCUUGUCCUCCACUUCUGGAAUGCUAAGUUGUAUAUUUUUCCCCAAAUGUUAUGUCAUAUUAAUAAGACCAGAAUUAAAUACCAGAGAACAGUUAAUGGGGAAAAAGAAUAAUAAAAAUAAAAUAUAGUACCAUAGGAGAUGCCCUGCAAAAUGUGUACAGCUGUGAUAUGUUGAAUUUUUCUGUUAUUUCCUUAACAAAGAAAACAAUUUUAUGGAUACAAGCUGUUCCACUUUAUAUUAAUAAACACAUAACUGACAUUUUAGUUAGUAUCAUGCGAAGUACAAACUGAGAACAACAGCUAAAACACUUCUUGACAACAUCUGAUUAUAAAACAUGUAACAAAAUUAUAGUCUGCAUAAAAAUGUGGUAAUAAGCAUGUGUACUAGUAUUAAACAUGUUGAUUUGUAUUUUUAAACAUAGAUGGAAAUAUAAUAAAACUAUUUGAAAAAGGUUUUGUUAAAUUAUGUAUCUGUAGGUUCUACUUGAUG